ACAAAGUCACUCGAAAUAAAGAUUUACAACUUUAUUAAAAAUUUAUUAAAAAAAUUGGAACCGUAGAAGAUAAGAUAUACAGGUGAUUCUUGUUUGUUUGUUCGAGAUUAACACCGAUUUUAUCGAUCCACUUUCAGAUAAAGUCCAGCUACUCUUUUAUAAUCGGCACGUUUUAUUGUGAUCGAAAAGUUCCCCCGAAUGACACUAAUCAACUGGCCAGGUUCAAUGAUUUACCACCAAUCAUCAUCAUCAUCAUCCUAUAUUCACUCGGGAUUUUAUUGCUCUCCGUAUAGAGAUCCAGUCAGGAAGCAUUUGGAACAUAAUGCUAUUCAGAAUUGCGUUAUCCUUAGUAAAAGGACAAAUCACUGUCCAUCUCAAUGUCUUUCUCUACCACAAAAAACGUUCAUUGGCACAUCUGAUUGUUAUAAAUGGCCUAAACAGGAUAAAAAUUGGAGGUCUGUAGUUGUUAGAUCUGAAAUCGCUGGAACUGGGUCACCUGGAGCGUCCUAUCGAUUGUCAGAAAUUCAUUUGGGCUCAAAAAUCAGAGGAAUUGGCUUUUACACCAUGACAUCCUUCAUUGCUAUAUUUCUAUUUGUGGUCAUGGUGGUAGGACAUCCAUUUGUGCUUCUAUGGGAUCGAUACCAAAGGAACUUCCAGCAUUUUGUUGCUAAAAUUUGGGCAUCUUUGACCAUUGCUCCAUUUUUUAGACUAAAGAUUCAGGGUUCCGAGAAUUUGCCUCCAAAAGAUUCUCCUGCUGUUUAUGUGUCUAAUCACCAGAGCUUUUUAGACAUAUAUACCCUUCUAACUCUAGGCAGAAACUUCAAGUUCGUUAGCAAGACGGCAAUUUUCCUCUACCCCCUUAUUGGGUGGGCCAUGUACUUGCUGGGCACUAUUCCUCUAAAGCGUAUGGACAGGAAGAGCCAAAUGCAAACUCUAAAACGAUGCAUGGAACUUGUCAAGAAUGGUGGAUCUGUUUUCUUCUUUCCAGAGGGUACACGAAGUAAGGAUGGAAGUUUAGGCACCUUCAAGAAAGGUGCAUUCAGCAUUGCUGCCAAAACUGGAGUACCGGUGGUUCCAAUUACUCUAAUGGGAACUGGUAAAAUAAUGCCUGUUGGUAUGGAGAGUUCAUUAAACCCAGGAAUGGUCAAAAUUGUCAUCCACAAGCCUAUUAAAGGAGAUAAUCCUGAUAUAUUAUGUACCGAGGCGAGAAAUGUAAUUGCGGAUGAGCUCAUUCGCCAAGGUUGACCAUCUACGCAAGAAAUUUUGUUAGUCAUCCCAACUAUAAAUCUUUGCUGCAGUUUGAGGGAAUGGAGACCAGAAGAUGCAAUAAGUGAAUGCCAUGCUUCAUCUUGAGUCUGGGUGCAUUUAGUGUGAUAGUUUGUGAAUUUCAUUCGUAUUCUAUGUAGUAGAUAGAUAUUAGUCCACACAAAUGUGAGGGAUUUUCGAUUUGCUUUUUAAAUUUUUCUUGAUUCCUACACAUGUAUGUCUCGUCUCUUUAUACAGCUAAUGUUGACACUUGACAGAGUCCAUAUAUCAGCCUUGUUCUUUGAUCCAUGAAAUUAAAAGUACAAUUUAUUGGUGGUCA